ACCCCUGGACUUGCUUCCUGGGUUCGCCAUGUGCGUACUAUAACUUCUCGUGGCCUUGCAGGCAUCUGGGGCUCUGACUUCAGCUCCUCCAAGCCUGACCCCCUCCAGGAAGUGACUUUGCCCUCAGAAGCACAGUUUGGAGGGGGUGGGGAAAAAUGAUGCUUGCUUCCCCUCCCCCUAGUUUGCAUCCUUCCCCGCCCCAAGGCUGAUCUUCUAUAUAAGUGACUUCGAUGUAAAGGUGGGCGGGACCUCGCACUCGGUUUAGACUUAUCUGUCCUUUGACAAAUGAGGAAACUGAGUCUUACAGAGGGCAAAGAUCCGGGGCUGGAAGAUAUCUCAUAUUCAGCAUAGAUAAGGGACUCUGAGGCUCAGGGUAAAUGACUUUGUAGCAGCAUAGAUCUACCUCAGAGAUCUUAAUCCAGCGCCCCUCAUUUGACAGGGAAAACGGAGGCUCCCUAUUGGCAGCAUGGGGGUCAUUAAUCCAACCCCCUCAUUUGAUUGACAAAGAAAAGUGAAAUUCCCAAUUAGCAGCCUCGGUCUAGGACUGGAAGAGACCUCAGAGAUCCCUUAAUCCAGCCCCUCACUUGACAGAUAGGGGAAACUGAGGCUCACAGCAGUAAAGGGCAAGGUGCCAAGGUCACAUAGCUCCUUUUAAGGGGGCAGCCCUGUAAUUCCCAUCUCAUUUCCUCCCCCAGCAUGAAGAGAGUCUCUGCUGUCAAAACUGCUUCAUGUCCCCUGGCCGGAAGUCUGUGACACCCUCCUAAAUUGGUUUUGAAGGAGAGGGCUUGUGACCUUCCCUCCCAUCUCAGGGAAAUUCUGUGCUUGUGAACUGUCUCAGGCUCACCACCUCAGUUGUGUACCCUUGGGCUGGAAUAGGCAUGCCCAGUUUGUCUGAGGUAGAGUGGACUGCAUCUCCUGCUACGAUUGUUUCAACUCUAACCUCUCUAUUGAUUACAAGUUGCUAAGUAAGAAAUGAAUUUUAUUGGGGAAGAAGCUUAAGUUUGCUGGCUCUAAAUGUUAUUAAGUGGACAUCUCAGAAGCAUUGACAGCUAAGAUCCAAGUCACCUUGUAAUCAAUCUGAGUACAACUUUGUGAAUUCUUGAGCCACAUGAAAUGUUUCAGAAGCCAAUUGAAAUCAUGGAGAAGACUCUGCAGCCUGUCUUAAAGCCUCAGCUCCCUAUCCGGCCUUAUGUGUGUUCCACUAUAAAGGACUUUCAAGAAGAAAGAGAUUUCUUGGCCAACAACAUCUUCCCCCAGCUUAAUGAAAUGUGCAAUUCUCGGGGGACAUAUUUCAAGGCUAUUGACCUGAGGUGGCCAGCAUCUGAGGCCCAUGACCCUCUCUGCCCUAACUUUCGUAGACAGUAUUGCGGCAUGCAAUCCCAGCAGCUGAAGCUUUGUCUCGAUUACAUCAAUAGCUCGUUCCCUUUUUUUCUUUGUAUGCUGGGCCAGACCUAUGGAGAAUUCCUCCGGGAGGAUGCAAAUUUUAUAACCACUGGGACCCCUGAUCUGCCAGGGCUCUCCAAGGUAGAAAAGAAUCUCUACGUUGCAGCCCACAAUGGCUACCCUUGGGUCUUGGAGAAUUUCACCUGCAGCUUCACAGAACUGGAAGUGAUCCAAGCAGCCUUUAUAAACGAUUCCCAGUUUCAGUAUUACUAUUUUCGGACUGGUGCCAUGCUACUGAAAGCGUUAGAACAGGAAAAGGGAAAGGUUACCUGUCCGCAAUCCCGGCAGAAGGAGUAUGAAAAACGGCGGAUUGGCGAGCUCAAGGCCAAGAUCAUUAGCAAAGGGCUGCCAGUCAGGUUUUACAGAGAUCUCCAUGAGCUAGGCGAGUUGGUUUUCAAAGACUGGUCAACUGUGAUAGAAAAACUUUACCCUGCUGCAGUUCUGCCAGACAAUGUAGACUCUGAGCAUAAUUUUGAACGUUCUUAUCAUGAAGCUUUUGCUGCAAAGUGCCGGAAGAUAUUUGUGUUGUCUAAAGAAUCGAAACAAGUAUUUGAUGCUUUGGAAAAAUUCGUGAUGAAGGAUCCUCAAACUGAGACAGGCAAAGAGGAAUCUGGCGGAUCUCUGGAAUCUAUCCUCAGAAUCAGGCCUAUUCUACCAACCAAGUCUAUCUUGCUUCUGUCUGGAGAACGUGGCUGUGGGAAAUCAACACUGAUUGCAAGUUGGGUGAAUUCUUACAGAGAGAGAAAUCCCGACACAUUACUAGUCCCUUAUUAUAUAGGAAGCAGCUGUGACCGUAGCGACAUCAUGUCUGUAUUACAUUACUUCAUCACUGAAUUACAGUACAAGCAAUUUGGUACUCGGAUUGAAACUGAUCUAAUUAAUGAAGAUUCCAAAGUAUGGGUUUUUUCACUUCUUGUAGAAAUAUUUUUAGCCUCCAUCAGUUUAAAGCCAUGUAUAUUAGUACUAGAUGGAAUUGAAGAAUUGAUUGGUGUUUAUGGAAUUUCAGGACAGAAGGCAAAAGAUUUUUCGUGGCUGCCCCCCUCUAUUUCCUCUAAUUGUAAAUUAAUCAUGAGUACGGUAUCCUCCAGUAUCAGUUACAAAUCACUGUCUGCCCGAUCAGAUGUAAAAACAGUGGAGCUCGCCAUUUCCUCCGAUGAAAACACAGUUAUCAGAAUUUUCGAACAGUAUCUCACAGUACCUCACAAAAACAUUUUUUCUUAUCGAGAGAAACAUAACACAAGGAAAAAACCAUGCCUAAGCCCUUUGAAAGUUGCAAUCUUGGCCAAUGAGUUUCAAGAAUGUCGACUCUACCGAAACGAGUCAGAAUGUAUUCAGGAAUACCUGGAAGUGCUUUCAAUUCAGGAGCUGUGGGAAUUGAUUCUCAAGCGAUGGGUUGAGGACUAUAGUUGGAUUAUCAAACCCAAAAAAGUAAUAUCAACUUUGCCGGAUACUAAAGGCCGACUGAGUGGCUGGGUGGUAGACAUACUAUGUUUAUUAAGUGUCUCUCAUUGUGGAUUGACUGAUCAUGAGAUACUCCAGCUCUUGGACAUCCUGGGCUAUAAGAAUCAUUACAAAGUCACCACCUCCCAUUGGGCAGCCUUUCGCUUGGCUACAAAGCAGUGGAUCCAAGAGAAACCAAAUGGCCGAUUGCAUUUCUGUCAUCAGUCUCUGCGGCAAGCGGUAGAGCACAAACUACUUGGUGUAAUCACUCCUGUCAGAGAAAGCAGUCCAUAUUCCUUUCAGAACCCCAUGAAUUGCAAGAAGACAAAUUUACAUCGGAUCCUGACUCAGUUCUUUCAGAGACAAAGCAGCUUUUGGAGAGCAUUUGCAGAAUUGCCUUGGCAUCUGAAAAUGAGUGGCAACUGGGAGGAACUAUGUAAUUUUCUCACAAAUACCAAAACCCUGGCCAUCAUAUCGCAAACCACAAGGCCAACCUUCUGGAUAAAGCUUCAUCUUAUCCAUUAUUGGAAUGUGUUAGCAGAAGCUGGAUGCGAUACAACAGGGGCCUACAUAAGUAUGGUGAAAAAGAUGAUAACUUAUAAGACAUACAAAAUAAAAGAAAGGCAUACAUGGACAGAAUUGAAUUGCAAAAUUUCUGACUUUGCAACCAAUGAAAAAUGCCAGCUAAUCUGCUUUGUUGCAAGAUUUUUGAAUUAUUUAGGCAGGACCAAUGAUGCUGAAGAACUGUUCAUAACAGCUGAGGAUUUGUUGAUAAAGCAUGACUUGGAAUCCGAAACACUCUUAAAAAUACAGCUCAGCUUGGGAGAGCUCUAUUUAGAAAUAGGAUCCUUACAGAAGGCCUUUUUUUUUUCCCAAAGAGCAUGGGUCACAUGGAGACAAUUGACAGCGAGUGGCUCAUACAAUCUGGAAAGACUGAAGCAGAAAGGCAGGGUGUUACAUAAUCUGGCAAAGACAUUAAGUCAAGGAGCUGUAAAGGAAAAUCACUUGCUAGAAAAUACUGUUGACCUCUCAAAACAACUUGCUUGUAGCCCAUAUGAUUUUGCUAUGCUGAGAUGCACAGAAGGGAUUCUGAAAUCUCUUCUUGGGAAUUUUUCUAUUGCAAAAAUGAAAUUUCAAGAAUGCUUAAGUAUUCGAAAAAGUUUAUUUGGAGAGAAUCAUUUCUUAGUUGGAGAAAUUAAGGAAUAUUUGGCAGAUUUAAUAAGUGGCCAUAAAAAGACUGAAAAAUUACAAAGAAAACAUGCAAUUGAAUAUUACAGAGGAGUGAUAAGCAUAAAAGAAAACAUGGAACUCUUGACUAACUCCUUCCAAAUAAAAAAGCAGCUUAAUAUCAGCCUCAGCAAUGUCAUGUGUAAAUUAGCUGGUCAAUUGAUGAAAAUUGAUGUGUCCGGUCAGUUUGAGCAAGAGGCAACUGCAUUUUUGCACAGAGCACUUGAUUUAAGAGUUACCUACCUGGGGCCUUCUCACUCAUCCACAUCUGAGCUCCUCCGCCUUCUGAGGGAGAUUGAGAGAAAAAGCCAAAACAAAAGGAGUCUUCAAAUACGGAGCUCGAGCCACGAAAGUUUCAAGGGGAUCUUAGUGCAGGAGAAACUCUCCAAACGGAGGCUGGAGUACCAUCGGCCUCAGAAUAUCAGCACUCUGAAAUCUCCGCUCAGUAGCACGGCUGCUAAGCUCCAGCGGGCCAUGAGCCUGGACUCUUACAAAGUCUCAGAGGACAGUAAUACAGUAAGUGUUUUAGGUAAAGGGCAGAAGGGCACGAGAUUCAUCACCUGUAGCCCAACAAAGGAGAUCAUGAAGCAGCAGUCACAAAACAAUGUGGAAUUAUGGAACUGUAGAGAGGAGAACACCUUGCCAAAGAAAGAGAAAGAUGCUUCUGGGAAAAACACAACUUUUGGCAGCCCAGAAAACAUGUUAAAAUCUCCAAGAGAAAGAGCAUCUUCAGUGGCCUUUCAUAACUGGUCCCCACAAACAUCCAUAACAGGGUCUCUUAAUGCUAUCAGUUCCCUAGAAAUUCCUUGCAGGCCACAGACUUCACCAGAAAAUCAGCUCUUUCAGAAAUCAGGAAGAAAUACAGCUUUUCAUAAACCCUUUCCACCCAAAAGACAGCAGCCUGAUUUGAGAAUGUUGAAAAAACUGAGUGAAAGCAAUAAGCAAUAAAGACUGUUGUAGGCAACAUCUAUCAAAUACA